AGCGUGGCCACGGCAGUACAGGAAGGCGUGAUGGCACAUGCGCAGUGCGGCGCCGUGUAAACUCAGGAAACUCUAGCAGGGCUAUUGGAGCUUCUCGAUAGCGGCACUGCAGGCUUACGUUGUCGGACAGUCUGCUUCGCACUUCCCCACUUCCCCGCCACAACGACAAUGGGGGACAACAUGACUCUGGACCAACUUAAACCCCAAUAUAGAACACGAUUUUAUCGGGAUAGAUCUAAAGAUUUACCUGAAUUUCAGCCUGGGAGGAAUGUAUUGUCUGCAAUAAAGGAUUAUUUUCAUGAAACCAGUGGUGAAGAAUCGCCUGGUAUUAGUAAGUCAUCAUUUUUUGCAGACAGUGAAACAAAUAUUAACAUUUCAAGAAGUAUGAAGAAAAGAACAGAUUCUUCAACAAAUCCACGCAUUUCUAAAGUGAAUAGGCUCUACUCUACAGGAGAAAAAAAUGAAACCAAAAUGAAAGCAGCUACAAGUUCUGCAGCUAAUGAAAAAUUGAAAACGCCUUCUCAUUUUAAUAACUUUGAUGAUGUUGUUUCUGAGGAGGAGGUGGAUGACUGUGAAUCCGAUAUGCCACUUAAUCUCGUUGUUGAGAGGGAUAAAGUAACUGAAAUAGUUCGUUCAGUAAGAAGUGCAUCAAGAGGUCGAAUUUAUAGCUUAGAUAGCUCUGUUGUUGAAGGACCUCCAAGCCCAGCUUCUAAAUCCUCUCCAAAAAAACGGUUGCGUUUCAGUGAUGCUGUAGUUAACGACAAAGAGAGCUUUGGAAGUGUCUUUGCCAGCAGGUAUAAAAGAGGUCCAGCAGAAGAUGUUCAAACAAUGCAGAUGCAUGAAUCUGUGAGUUAUGCUGGCAACAAGUCUGAUCCAAGACCGAAUGCAACAUCUGCACAAUAUGUGGCCACCGUGGGCGAUGAUGAAUUUGUAAUAGAAGAUGAAGAUAGUAUCAAUUUGUGUUUCUCCUUUGUAGAUAAAAUAUCAUCACUCAAAGGCUCUAAAGAGGAAAGAUCAGCAGCAUCCAGCAGUCCACAUGGGAAUCAAAAACUGGAACCUGAAGCUUCUGAGGUUAUUUCGGGACCAUCACCCAUUUCUCAAAGAAAAAGCCAAGCUAGAAGGAGGGGUUCUAAUGUGAACAGAAAAAGCACCACUGAUGAAAGCAAAGCUAUUUUAAGUAGUGAAGGGUCAGAAGAAACAAAGCUGACGCCAUCAAGUGGUACUCGUGGAAAUGCAAAACUGGAAGCUGAAGCUUCUGAGGUUAUUUCUGGACAAUCGCCUAUUUCUCAAAGAAAAGGAAGCAGCCAAACUAGAAGGGGAGGAUCUAAUGUGAACAGAAAAAGCACCACUGAUGAAAGCAAAAACAUUUCUGGUUGUGAAGGACCAGAAGAAACAAAGAUGACACCAUCAAGUAGUAAGAGCCAAACAACAAGUGCUACGUAUGAGAGUCAGACGUUUUCUGCUAAAUUCAAGGCCAUGUUAGCACAGUCAAUCGCGAGUGCCAAAGGAGUCAGCAAACCUACAAGGCAAACAAAAAAAGAAUUAGAAAUGGCCGAAGAAGAACAUUUCGAUACGAUUUUGGAUACCAACCGUGAAAAAAUACAGAUUCCAAGAAAUCCCAAAUCGAAAGUAGAAAGAUCAAAAUCAUCCAGUGUUUCACACCAGGUGGAGGUGGAGAUUGAACCUACCAAGACAGUCUCUGAGCAAUCAACUGUGCAGUCCCAAGCCGUAGAAAAUGCCUUGAAAGAUGACAUAAAAAAUAAAACAAAAGAUUCAUUGUGUAACAAUGAGAAUACUUUUGCAUCUCAUCUUGUCAGAUUUGCAAAUAUUAGGCCUUCAAUAACAAGGAUUGAUAUCUCUGACCUUCCAGUGACGGAUGAAGAUGAAUUUGUCAUUCAUGAUGAUAGAGAUUUUGAAAAUGAUCCUAAAAGUUUCAAAAAGAAAACUGUAAAAAUAUCUGACGGCAAAAAGAAUAAUAAAAGGAAAAAGAAUGUUGCAUGUGAGGUGUUUAAUGCUACUUAUACCAAUGCAAUUAAGAAUGACAAUGCUACAGAUUCAAAGAGCCACAAUGAUGGAAGAGAUUCAUCUUCUCCGUUAACAGUUUCACACCAGAUGGAGGUGGAGAUUGAACCUAUCGAGACAGUCUCUAAGCAAUCAAUUGUGCAGUCCCAAACAGUAGGAAACACCUUGAAGGAUGACAAAACAAAUAAAAGGAAAGAUUCAUUGCGUAAAGAUAAGAAUUGCUUUGCAUCUCAUUUAGCAAGAAUUGUAAAUAUUCAGCCUCCAUUAACAAGGAUGGAUGUCACUGACCUUCCAGUAGUGGAUGAAGAUGCAUUUGUAAUUCAUGAUAAUACAGAUUUGAAAAAUGAUCCUAAAAGCUGCAAAAAGAAAACUGUAAAAAAUCCUAAUAACCGCAAAAAGAAAAAAGAAAGGAGAAAGAAUGCUGCAUGUGAGGUGUUUAAUGCUACUUAUACCAGUGCAAGGACGAGUGACAAUAAUGCUACAGAUUUAAGGAAGAGUCACAAUGAUGAAAGAGAUUUGUCUCCAUCAGAUAAGAAAAAAGAAAAAUCAAGACACACUGAAUUAGACAGAUUAGUUUUGCAGAAAUAUUUCCAGGCUGAUGUUGAUAACCUAAGCGAGAGCAUCUCCUCAAGACCCAAGAGAGCGUCUGCACCACCGUCCAAUUGGUGGGUAGUAAGACCAGCUGAAAGGAAUUCUACGUUUGAUGUGGAGGAAGACUUGCCACAAUCUUCACCAAAAAGCAAAAGUAAAGCUUCUGCUGACUCAAAUGAACCUUCAGAACCACAGAAGAAUAAGGAAGAAAGCUUUGAACUGAAAGAAAGCAGUCCACUAGAUCAGAAUGAGGAGAAAACUUUGAAGGAAAGUGAUGAAAAAUUUUCAAAUACGUUAAAUACUUGGAAAAGAACAAAAAACCCAACACGUGUCGAAAGCGAGGAAACGACAGGACCAUCAAAAGCGAAAAGACCUAAAAAAAGCAAUCGUAAAAAAAUACAAGCCGCUCCCAAAAAAAUACAUAAGUCUACCAAACUCCAGAAACAACUGCAACAAGAGACACAGGAUGUUGACACAAAAAGUCCUCAGAAAAAUGAUUUGAAUGUUCCUGAUUUGUCAAAUGAAGCCAACAGCUUCUCAAGUGCACCAAUACUUAAAAGUCCAACAAUGAGUGAACCAAGGUGUCCAUCUCCACGGAAGCAUGAACCCAUUUUAGAUGAGUCUUCCAAGAAAUCUCCAGGUUCUGGAAGUGGCAUUCAACAUAAAUAUUUGAAGAAUUGGACGCGCACUGAAGAGAGAGAGCUACGUCCAUAUGAUAGGCUUCCACAUCAAAGCUACAGGUCACCUGCUUAUGAUUCUGCCAAGUUAACAUUCCAAAGUGGGCCUGUAUUGAAGACAAGGGCAAUGCGAUGCAAGAACCGGAUGGAUACUGUUGUUCGAAACCUAUCUACUGCAGCAUCCCUUAACAAUGGUGAUAUGUCUCCCUUAACCAUUGUGCUUGACCCAGACACAGACUGCGAUGUAAUUUCAGAUUGUGUACAGAACGCCAGAGAGAGUAAUCCUUCACUGGUGUGGCGGUGCUUCAACAAUACUAUCUUCAGCGCUGGCAAGAUUGUGCUCAAGCCAACAGAGGAGGAUAUGAGAGAUACCCCUAAGUUUGAUAUUUUGGUAUUCUACAUAGUCAGGGGGAGUAUCGUGCUGAAACUACACAAAUCGUACCACACUUUAGAGAGUGGCGACUUCUUUUACAUCCCCCCAUGUAACACAUAUCAUAUCCAAAACCUUGGCAAUGAAGACGUGGAACUUGUUUUCACACAGCUCAAGACUACAGCUAAAUGAAAAACUGACCUCACUCUUAAAGAAAACCAUAGGAUGUUUUCGUUUUUUUAGUUACAUGCCACAUCAUAACACCAAAUUGGUUGUUCUUCUGAAGUUUACAACAUUUUCAGAGAAAACUUAUACUAUAUACUUAUGCCCCACACUGCUCUAAUUGCCCACAUAAAAACCUUUUUGGAGUACAAGUGAAUUGGGCAGUGGAUAAGAAAGUAUUUUGCCCAUGUUUGCAUACCUACUCAAGGUGACUGCUGCAGGGGCUUAUGAGAGCUCUGCAGUUAUGAUGGUAUUUUGAAUUUAUCAGUAAAUAGGAAAAUUAGACACUAUAUGCACAGUUGAAAUGCAUAUGUUAACUAUUGUACUUUGAAAAGAUCCUCGUGAUUUUGCACAAUGCACAGUCGGACAGGUGGCAUGCAUAUUACUUGUUAAGUUGUGUUAUAUCUUGAGCAAAUUGGGCAAUUAAUCUGCAGUUGGCAAUGCUGUAUUGCUGCUUGAUAAACAGGUAGGUGGCACAGGGAGAUUUAAAAUUAAGCUUGUGUUAAUCGUUAAAGUUAAUCUGUAUUUAAAAAAAAUAAAAAAAUCUUUCUACUGUGCACCCACAUUUGCCACCUUGGUUACCAUCUAUUACUCCAAAUACCAUUGGUGUUUGUGAAAAAAUGUACAUGGUAUAGAAGAAUUGAAGAAUGGGAGGUAAUGCUUAUGUAACUUAUGUUUUAUGUUGCCUGAUGUUUGGCUUAUUUGCAAGAAAAGACAAACUAUGCUAAAAUAUUUUAUUGCUUUUUGUGGAGGGUUUUGGCUUGGUAUUGCAAACCAUAUUCUCUCACAGUUCAAAUAAAAAGUGUGUCACUUAUUACAGGACAAACUACAGAAUUUAAAUCCUUAAAAACUGGUAAAAGAUAAUUUACAUAUAUGUAUUUCAUCUAUGUAUUUAUCUCUUUGCCUGAAGUUAGGUUCAACUAUUUGCUCCUAAACAAUAAAUAGUCUCCUGCAAGAUCAGUCUGGUUGUAAGGGUAGAUUUGCUAGCCACAUAGUGAGAACAUUGCCUCCUAACCAGGAUCAUAGGAAUCAGAGGGGUACCAAUAGAUGGAAAAAGCAUAUUGGAUUGUUUGCAACAUGCAUAGUUUGGCAUUACUUUCUUCACAAUAGCUCAAUAGCAGAGAAAACUGUUCCCUUCUAGAGCUGUAUCAGACCACAGGGUUAGAAAUGGUGCCCUCUGCCAAAGGCUACAAAGGACCACCUACAUUGUCAUACUAUUUGUAUAAUAGGGGAGGUGUAAAUGCACAGUUGCAUCAUUUUGUGCCAAAUAUGUCUUAUAUUGUAUUGUAUAUUUAUAUUACAUAUAAAUGUAGGCAUACAAAAAAUAUUUAACCAUUGUAAUAUUAAAGAGUGAGUACAUGCAAAACUGAUAUUUCAAUAUCUGGCACAAUGGUAAAUAACCUAUAGUGAAAACCAGUUUGAGCAAGGAGCCAUAAUAAAAGGUCUGUGGAGUCCACAUUUGUUGUAUAUCGGUAAACUAUAAAGCAGCUGGAGUGUGCUGUUUUAACAGUCUUUACUGAAAUUUCAGUUUUGAGAGUAAAUGGGAAAAGUUCACAUUUAGAAAAAAAACACCUGCUAACUGUCCCUGGGCACCUAACCUAAUCUAACGCAGACCACCUUCUAGCAUCUCUGGUAAAAUUUGUAUGUACACAAUCUUCUUUAGUUUUACCAAAUUAAGCGCAUUACAUUUUUGUUUUUGGUAGAUAUGAAGCAAAUUGUACAAUUUGAUUGUAUAGUGCAUAGUCUCUUAUAUAGGGACAUACUAAAGAGUAGCAACCAGCACUAAAGUAGUAUUCAGACCAGAGCAAAAAAUAAAAACUGCCACCACUGUGCAAAACAAAGCUAAAUAAGUUGUCUGGGUUUAUUUAGGUUCGGGGCAAGGUGUUUUUUUUUUUUUUUUUGUAGGAACGUGAACUUGUCAUUUAAGAAACUGUUAAUAUUGUACAUGUUUUGAGUUUUAAUUUUGUAUCUGGACCUGUUUAAUUUUUUCAUGUUGGUGUAGUUGUAUUUAAAUGUUACUUGUGUUUGUAGAUUGGAACAGUCAGCACUGCAUUCUAAAUCUAUGUAAAUUAAACACAGUUUUGUAACUUUG